CUGUUGCGCGUUAUGAAUACAGUAUAAAAACUCGACACUUUUUCUUUCAGUUUCCAUUUCUUUUUUUUUCUUUAUAAAAUUUUUUUAUUUUAAAGAAAAUGUCUACCGUUACCAAGGUUCAUGCUCGUCAAAUCUUCGAUUCUCGUGGUAACCCUACUGUUGAAGUCGAAGUUACCACCGCAAAGGGUGUCUUCCGUGCUGCUGUCCCCUCUGGCGCAUCUACUGGUAUCCACGAAGCACUUGAACUCCGUGAUGGAGACAAGUCCCAAUACAUGGGAAAGGGUGUUACCAAGGCCGUUAACAACGUCAACACUAUCAUUGGUCCUGCCUUAGUCGAAUCCAAUAUUCCUGUUACUGAACAAAAGCAAAUUGAUGAAUUCCUAAUCCAAUUAGAUGGUACCCCCAACAAAGGUAAGCUCGGUGCCAACGCUAUUCUCGGUGUCUCUCUUGCCGUUGCCAAAGCUGCCGCUGGUGAUAAGGGUGUUCCUCUCUAUGUUCACUUUGCCGACUUGGCUGGUUCCAAGAAGCCCUUCGUUCUUCCCGUUCCUGCCUUCAACGUUAUCAACGGUGGUUCUCAUGCUGGUAACAAGCUUGCCAUGCAAGAAUUCAUGAUUCUUCCUACUGGUGCCAAGAGCUUCAGAGAAGCCAUGAAGAUUGGUUCUGAAGUUUACCACAACCUCCAAUCUGUCAUCAAGGCCAAGUAUGGUUUGGACGCCACCAAUGUCGGUGACGAAGGUGGUUUUGCUCCCAAUAUUCAAAAGAACGAAGAAGGUCUCGAACUCUUGGUUCAAGCUAUCGAAAAGGCUGGUUACACUGGCAAGGUCAAGAUUGGUAUGGACGUUGCUGCCUCUGAGUUCUACAAGGAGGGCAAGUACGAUCUUGACUUCAAGAACCCCAACUCUGACAAGUCUGAAUGGAUCGAUGGUAAAGAACUUACAGCUCUCUACAACUCCUUUGCUCAAAAAUACCCUAUCGUCUCUAUUGAAGAUGCUUUCGAUCAAGAUGACUGGGAGAACUGGGCUCACUUGAACGCUUCUUCUGACUUCCAAUUGGUCGGUGAUGAUCUUUUGGUCACCAACCCCAAGCGUAUCGCCACUGCUAUCGAAAAGAAGGCCUGUAAUGCUCUCUUGCUCAAGGUCAACCAAAUCGGUACCCUCACCGAAUCUAUCCAAGCUGCCAAGGACUCUCAAGCCAACGGUUGGGGUGUCAUGGUCUCUCACAGAUCUGGUGAAACUGAAGAUACUACCAUUGCUGAUCUUGUCGUCGGUCUCCGUACUGGUCAAAUCAAGACUGGUGCUCCUUGCCGUUCUGAACGUCUUGCCAAGUACAACCAACUUCUCCGUAUUGAAGAAGAAUUGGGUGAAAACUGUAUCUACGCUGGUGAAAACUUCCGUAAUGCUCAUGAAUUGUAAAUAU